AUGUCGGUGGAGGAAUACGAGCAAGAAUUCGAUAAGUUGUCUCGCUUUGCUCCUGAACUAGUAGCCACCGAGGCAGCAAGGACAAAGAGAUUCAUCCACGGCCUGAAGAGCGGAUUGCAAGGGAUGGUGCAUGCCCUGGAUCUCAAGACGUAUGUUGCGGCACUACAGGUGUCCUUCCUAGGGCAUGUAGUAUCGAAGGAAGGUGUCUCUGUGGAUCCUGCAAAGGUUGAGGCAGUUACGAGUUGUGCUCGUCUAACCACAGUCAGUGAGGUGCGCAAUUUCUUGGGGUUAACAGGCUACUAUAGACGAUUUGUAAAGGACUUCUCUCGCAUAGCCGCCCCAUUGACUAAGUUGACCCGGAAGGGAGUAACAUUUGUUUGGAAUAAGGCUUGUGAAAAUAGUUUCCAGGACCUCAAGCAGAGGUUAGUUUCAGCCCCAGUUCUUACAGUACCGAAUGGAUCAGGUGGUUUUGUCAUUUACACUGAUGCGUCCAAGAAGGGGUUGGGAUGCGUAUUGAUGCAGCAGGGCAGAUUAGUUGCUUACACUUCACGUCAGCUAAAGAAGCAUAAAUAG